UUUUAAAUGGCAAAGGUUUAAGAGGUAAGAAGUAAUUUAUUGCUUGUGUUUUUAAAAGAGAAAGUUCUAUCAGCUUAAUCUCUUAGAAAUAAUUACUAAUGCAUUAGCUGCACAUAUUUUUAUGUUGUACCCAAAUAUUUUCAAGAUUUUACAUAUUCUUGCCGUAGUGCCAGUAACGACAAGUUCUUGUGAGAGAUCUAUAUCAAUGCUACGACGAGCAAAGACAUAUUUAAGAAGCUCAAUGACCCAGGAUCGACUUAAUGGCUUGGUGUUGCUAAAUAUCCACAACAAGAUGAAAAUAAAUUUAGAUGACGUAACCGAUAUGCUGGCAAUAAAAUAUCCAAAAAGACUUAAAAUGUUAGAUAUUCAGAACGACGUAUAAAAGUGUAACAGUCUUGAUAGAAAAAGGAAUAAAUCUUGUAUAUUAUUAUCUGUUGUUUAAAUGUCCCCGUAUAUAAAUUCCCUAAAGGUAAUAAGGCAUGACACCAAAUUUUUUUAAAAAACAUUUAAAUUACACAAGUUGUACAAAAAACAUUCCAAAAUAUAAUCUUCGUCAGCUAAAAAACUGAAAAAACCAUUUACACCUACUUAGCAAAGAUGAGUCUGAGAGAUGAUUUUAAGCUAUUUUAGCCGUUUAAUGGCGUUAAAAGGCGUUGGCUUCUGGACCCUUUGGGGGGCUCACAACGCCCCCCCCCAAACCCCCAGUUGCAAAAUUACAGCCCUGGCGGACGGUGAAGCUUUUUUACACCAGUCAAAAAAAAUCCUAGAUCCGGCCCUGAAGAAGUGAUGUUGAUGCUUC